UCGGGUCUAUGGAGGGGGUAGAAAGGCGCAUACCAACUGACGAGGCAUUCCGCUUUCCUUGAAUGAAAUCCUGUGAAUAUGAAUCCGUAUUCCCCCCCACUCGCCUGAGGUUCGGUGUCUGCGACGCGCACAAGUGAUCGGAGUUGCAGCGGAGGAGAAACGGGGGGGAAGUGAUGGAAAAGUUGCAGUGAUCUUGUGUCUGGAUCCGGUGGAUGAGAGAGGAUAGGACUAACUUGCAAAGUUUCCGAUCUCAAGUGACACAUUCAGAACUGGAUUGAAAUAAUGUGACUGCAAGCAGUUUAGCGUGGACUCUGGCGACCGCUGGCGUGAUUUCACGCACUUUUGGACUUAAGUUUUGCUUUGCGCUGGAAUUAUUACUUUGCUUCUUUUUUUUGCACAAAGGAACUAAACGAUUUAAACAACACAGCCUGGUUGAUCAGUGAGAGCAGCAACGGGAUGAAUCCAAAGAAAGGAUAGAGCUCUGUCACUUCUGCGCUGAGAGAUUCUAACACACAUUUAACACAUGCUAUCAUUCAGUUGAACUGGACUACUGGAACAGAACAUGUGUUGAAAUCUCGAACUGUUUCUGUAUUAUUCUUUCCCAUCUCAACUCCCCAAUUUCACCUACACCAAGAAGCCAUAUCAGGCUCGUGUUGGACUGAUCUUGGACUUUUAUAAUUUGCGUUUGGGGACUCACAAACCAAAAUCACUGUGUUUGUUUUUAAACUGUGGAUUUUAAGAUUUUUCAUUUUGAGUGCAGUUUGACAUGAAGAAGCGGAUGCCUCAAUUUUUAUUUAAAUAAUUUGGAUUAUACGAGAACAUUUCUCACAAGAGAGACGUUGAAUGAUGUCUCCAACUUUAAUUGGAUUUGUAUUUCUGUUAGGAAUUCUCCAUGUGUGCUCAGGAUCCCGUCUGCGCCAAGAGGACACCCCACCCCGGAUUGUGGAGCAUCCCUCUGACCUGAUUGUUUCCAAAGGGGAGCCCGCAACUCUCAACUGUAAAGCAGAGGGGCGUCCAACCCCAACAGUGGAGUGGUACAAGGAUGGAGAGCGGGUGGAAACGGACAGGGACAAUCCCCGUUCUCAGCGCAUGCUUCUUCCCAGUGGCUCUCUCUUCUUCCUGCGCAUCGUCCAUGGACGGCGGAGUAAACCGGAUGAAGGUUCUUACGUCUGUGUUGCUCGCAACUACCUGGGAGAAGCAGUGAGCCACAACGCCUCGCUGGAAGUAGCCAUUCUACGUGACGACUUCAGACAAAAUCCUGCAGAUGUGAUUGUGGCAGCGGGAGAGCCGGCAGUCCUGGAGUGUCAGCCUCCUCGUGGACAUCCUGAACCCACCAUAUCAUGGAAAAAAGAUGGAGUGAAUAUUGACGACAGAGAUGAGAGAAUUACUAUACGUGGAGGGAAACUGAUGAUUACAAAUGCCCGGAAAAGCGAUGCUGGGAAGUAUGUGUGCGUCGGCACAAAUAUGGUUGGAGAACGUGAAAGCGAAAUAGCUGAACUUACAGUGCUUGAGCGUCCCAGCUUUGUCCGUCGCCCGAGUAGUCAGGUGGUGUUAGUGGACCAAAGCGUAGAGUUCAGGUGUGAGGCCCGUGGCGAUCCAGUUCCCACUGUCCGCUGGAGGAAAGAUGAUGGUGACCUGCCGAAAGGAAGGUAUGAAAUUCGUGAGGACCACACCCUGAAGAUCCGUCGUCUGGUCUCUGCUGAUGUGGGCUCCUACACAUGUGUGGCAGAGAAUAUGGUGGGCAAGGCAGAGGCAUCAGCUACGCUCACUGUCCACGUUGUGUCUGUACCGCCAGCAUUUGUGGUAAGACCGAAGAACCAGGUGGUUGGAGUUGGCAGAACUGUCACCUUCCAGUGUGAGGCCACUGGAAACCCACAACCGGCCAUUUUCUGGCAGCGGGAAGGUAGUCAGAACCUGCUGUUCUCCUACCAACCUCCUCAACCCUCCAGUCGAUUUUCAGUGUCUCAGACUGGGGAUCUGACCAUCACUGAUGCUGUGCGCUCAGACGGGGGAUACUACAGCUGCCAGGCCCUCAACAUUGCUGGCAGUGUGAUCACCAAGGCUCUGCUAGAGGUCACAGAUGUUGUGUCAGACCGCCCGCCACCAGUCAUCCGCCAAGGCCCAACCAAUCAGACGGUGGCUGUGGAUGGCACGGUUGUUCUUAACUGUGUGACAUCUGGUAACCCUACACCCACCAUCCUGUGGAGGAAGGACGGCGUCUUAGUGUCCACACAUGACUCCAGGGUCAAGCAGCUGGACACAGGUGCACUGCAGAUACGCUAUGCAAAGCUCAGUGACACUGGCACCUACACCUGCACUGCCUCCACACCCAGUGGAGAGGCCUCUUGGAAAGCCUAUUUAGAGGUCCAAGAAUCUGGGGCCCCAUUCCAGCCAAACAGACCUACUGACCCAAACCUGAUCCCCAGCGCUCCUUCCAAACCUGAGGUCACUGAUGUUACCCGUAGCUCUGUCACGCUUUCCUGGAAACCUAACCUUAAUGCUGGAGCCACGCCCACUUCCUAUAUCAUAGAAGCCUUCAGUCAUGCAUCAGGAAGCAGCUGGCAGACCUUGGCAGAGCAUGUGAAAACUGAGUCAUUUGUACUGAAGGGCUUGAAGCCCAGUGCAGUCUACCUCUUCUUAGUACGGGCAGCCAAUGCCUACGGGCUGAGCGAUCCCAGUCCAAUCACUGAUGCUGUGAAAACACAAGAUAUCCCUCCCACCAGUCAGGGUGUGGACCAUCGUCAGAUUCAGAGGGAGCUAGGAGAUGCGGUCAUCCACCUGCACAACCCCACUAUUCUCUCCUCCUCAUCUGUCAGGGUUCAGUGGACAGUGGAGCAGCAGUCACAGUACAUCCAGGGCUACAAGGUGAUGUACAGGCCUUCACCAGAGGGGCAACAGAGGAGUGAAUGGGCCGUGUUUGAGGUGCGAACCCCUGGGGAGGGCAGCGCCGUCGUGCCGCACCUUCGGAAGGGCGUCACAUACGAAUUCAAAGUCCGCCCCUUCUUCAAUGAAUUCCAGGGAACAGACAGUGAUGUCAAAAUUGGCAAGACGCUGGAGGAAGCCCCCAGUGCCCCUCCUCGUAAGGUUACAGUGACAGAGAGUGGGGACAAUGGGACUGCCAUCAUCGUCUCCUGGCAACCCCCUCCAGAAGAGGAGCAGAAUGGGGUGGUCCAGGAGUACAAGAUUUGGUGCUUGGGGAAUGAGACUAGGUACCACAUCAACCGUACAGUUGAUGGCUCAACCUUCUCCGUGCUGAUUCCCAGUCUGGCCCCGGGGAUCCGCUACAGUGUGGAGGUAGCAGCCAGCACUGGUGCAGGUCCAGGGGUCAAGAGUGAUGUCACUUUCUUUCAGCUCGAUGCUUCUGGGCGAAUGACAGACACAGUGAACCAGGAGAACCCCCUGUCCCAGCAGAUCUCAGAUGUGGUCAAACAGCCAGCAUUUAUAGCAGGCAUAGGAGCUGCUUGUUGGAUUAUCCUCAUGGUCUUCAGCAUCUGGUUGUACAGACACCGAAAGAAGCGGAAUGGCCUGUCCAGCAGCUAUGCAGGUAUACGCAAAGUGCCAUCCUUCACUUUUACACCAACAGUGGCAUAUCAGAGAGGUGGAGAAGGUGUCAGCAGUGCUGGAAGGCCGGGUUUACUAAACAUUGGGGACUCUGCCACUCAACCCUGGCUGGCUGACACAUGGCCCAACUCAUGUUCCAACCACAAUGACUGCAGCAUCAACUGCUGCACUGCUGGCAAUGGCAACAGCGACAGCAACUUGGCAACAUACAGCCGACCAGCCGACUGUAUCGCCAAUUAUAACAACCAGAUGGAAAACAAGCAGACCAACCUCAUGGUGCCUGAGUCAGGAGUCUAUGGAGAUGUAGACCUGUCCAACAAGAUCAAUGAGAUGAAGACCUUCAACAGCCCAAACCUUAAAGAUGGCCGCUUUGUAGGUCCAGGGGGCCAGCCGACACCUUAUGCCACCACUCAGCUCAUCCAGUCCUCCAUUAUGGGAAACAACAUGAACUCAGACAGAGGGACUGGAGGCAGUGGAGGUGGACUCGUGGGUGGAGGAGAGGUGAAUGAGAAACACUGCUGGAAGCCCCCCUCAGUCCAGCAGCAGAAACAGGAAAUAAGCUCCCAGCUGCAGUACAACAUCAUGGAGCAAAACAAGCUGAACAAGGAUCGCUACAGAGGAGGUGACAGCCCUAUGCCAGCCACCAUUCCCUACAGCCAGACUCAUGACAGCCACACUGGGGGCUCCUACAACAGCUCUGACCGGGGCAGCAGUAGUACCUCCGGGAGUCAGGGUCAAAAGAAGGGAGUGCGCACCCCCAAAGUACCCAAACAAAGCACAAUGAAUUGGGCUGACCUUCUGCCCCCUCCUCCUGCAAACCCACCCCCAUCUCGGAACACAGAGGAAUACUCUCUACCGAUGGAAGAAAGCUGUGAUCCAGACAUGCAGUGCCCCAUGCCCCCCUCUCACAUGUACCUGCAGCCUGAUGAGCUGGAGGAGGAAGAAGAGAUGGAGAGGGGGCCCACUCCUCCCAUCCGUGGGGCAGCUUCUUCCCCUGCUGCCGUGUCUUACAGUCACCAGUCCACAGCCACUCUCACCCCCUCACCCCAGGAGGAGAUGCAGCCGAUGCUCCAGGAUGCCCCAGACAGCCAUGAACGCAGGCGCCAUGCUGUGAGCCCCCCACCCCCUCCCAGGCCCAUGUCUCCUUCACACACAUAUGGGUAUAUCAACACCCCGUUAGCCUUGGACACGGAUGGUAUGGAGGAGGAGGACAUACUGGAGGAAGAGGAGGACGGCGAUGAGACGGAUGCAGAAGUGGCUAAGAUGCACUACCACCACACCCACCCCCACACAAACCCUCACCAUCCCCAGAUGCAUCCGCGGAGGUUGCUACUACGAGGGCUAGAACAGACGCCUGCAUCCAGCAUGGGGGACCUGGAGAGCUCAGUGACGGGCUCCAUGAUCAACGGAUGGGGGUCAGCUUCCGAAGAGGAUAAUGUCUCUUCGGGGAGAUCCAGUGCAGUCAGCUCAUCAGAUGGAUCCUUCUUCACAGACGCCGACUUUGCUCAAGCGGUUGCUGCAGCUGCAGCUGCAGAGUAUUCAGGCCUCAGGGUGGCAAAGUACCCUAGUUCACAGGGCCAAGACGUUGGGGGAGCUUCGGCGCGAAAAUACCAAAUAAACCCAUCAAGCCACCGUCCUGGCAGCCCGGUGUCUACAGACAGUAACAUGAGUAUGGCCGCUGUACACAGGAGGCCUCCUAAAAAGCAGAAACAACAUCCUGUAGGUCAUCCAGCGAACCAGCGACGUGAAGUUUUCAAUGAAGAUCUCCCACCUCCACCCAUCCCCCCUCCAGCAGUGCUCAAGUCCCCUACACACCCUUCCAAGGUAGCUCUGGAGGGCCGGGGAGUGAUUUCCCCCAAAGCCGGUGAAGUUCGAGACAAGAGAGGAGGAACAGGGGGAUAUCGAGCCCGAGAGGACUCGGACCCCAGAACCAGCUCAUCUGAACGCAAAGAUGCUCAGGAUAGACAAAAGACUGCUCACGGAGGGAAAGGGAAUAAACAUGAGAGUAGCACUACCAACAAAGCGCGCCAGCAUGCAGGUUCAGAGGACAUUAUGCCGUAUAGCCGACCACAGUUCCCUACAGUCAACAGCCCCCGAGACCCAAGCUCCUCUAGCUCCAUGUCCUCCCGGGGCUCAGGGGGCCGGCGGAGAGGAGAAGGAGGGCGAAGGAACCCUGCAGAUAUGGGCCUCAACACCUCCGGAGCCUUCCAACCAGGAGAUGAAGAGAUAGAGAUGGUAGAAAGCUGAAGAAGGAGGAAAAGGACAGACUGUUCUGAUUUUUUUCCAAGAAUGGAGCACCAUUGUUUCUCUUACAGUUUUAAAUAUCUUAGUAUUUCACCAUCAUGUUGGCUGCCCUCAUACUGUACAUCAGUAGUGUUUCUUUACAUCUGGAAAA